UCACAUUGGGCCGCUUCCGUUCCCAUGUUGAUAGCGUAUUUCUCAUCAUCGGUGAAAGCCACAGCCACAACUAUGCUCAUGAUUUAUCCAAUUAUCUCUGAAUCCACCCUGUUUCUUGCUUUUCUUGUUUCUUCUCCAUCUUUCGCGAACCCAAUUGAUGUACAAAGAAACAAAUGCUCUAAUUACCCGCCCAAGAUUCGAGGUUACUGGGCUAUUGCUGCGGCUAAUUAAUGCGCGUUGCAUUUCCCAGUGGUUUUGUUCUGCUGCUUGGAGAGCUGUGUUUUUCCCUCUCGUGCUCUUUCGCGCCCUUAUUAUCUCUUCGCUUCGGGCUCUAGGUGUUCGACGAAAUGCCUGAGCCAUGCUCGUCUUCACCAACGCAUUACCCACUUUUCUCUUCUUUCCCUCCCCGUUCGGAUGUUUGAGCCCUUGCGUAUUUCCCAACGUCGUUUUUGUUUCUAAUUCGAGAUGCGGCUGGAACUCGCAUCAUACGGCUGCGACAGAAAGGGGGUGCGUGCUUUUGUCUUCCAAGGGUAUGUUUUAUGGUUGUUCCGGGGUUGUAAGGAGGUGUAAAGGUUUGGACAGUGAAGGGGAUUUCGCAUUGGAGGCCAAGAUAUUGGAGUUUAUGAAAAGUUCUAAAAACCCAGAAGCGUUUCCGAGCAAGAAAGACCUGAUUGAGGCUGGCAGGGAGGAUUUAGUGGAUGCUAUCGCGAAGAAAGGUGGUUGGCUUUGUCUGGGAUGGAAUUUGGACGAAGAAGUAGACGAGGGCGUCGGACAGUACGAUUUCGAGGAUCGGUAUUCUAUUGUGGCCACUGAUUGGGAUAGCUUUGGUGAAUCCAAUAAUUCAAGGAGAGAUGAAAGACCAAGAUUUGCGGCGGCUGCUUCUCCUCUUGCUUCUUCAUCUGCCUCGUCUUCAUUCACCGGUAGAUCACUAGAAAUUGUUGCCGAGGGUGAGUCUGGGAUUGAGGGUAUGCUGAGUCGAUUGGAAAAAGAAAGAAAUGUGACGUUCGGGGCUGGUUUUCCAGGUGCAAAAGAGACAGUUGCUGACCUACAAGGAAGCAGCAUCAGCACACCAUUAAGUGCCAAAGAAGGCAAGUGGAACAAUUUAGGGGGCAGUUUGAGUCAUAAUUCUUCUCCUGUACAAAUUAAUGGUCUUGGUGGCUCUGUUAGCCCUGAGGUGCAGAGAAUCUGGAACACAUACAAUACAGAACUUCGAGAUGGUGAUUUUGAAGCUUCUGAAAAUGCUUUGAGAAAUGGAAGGGGUGGGGAAGUAUUGGAUGUUUCAAGAUAUGGAACCCUAGGAUCUGGAGGGGAUCUUAUCAAAUCAAACCCUGGCGAGGAAGAAAUGAAUUACCAUCAAAUCCGACGUCACCUUCAGAACUUGGAGUUGGAGCUUUCGUCUAUGGUUGGCUCAUUGAGAUCUAAUACAUUUGCGUCAGAGAAGGGUCAAAGUAGAUCCGCUGAUGAUUUUCUGGAGCUUUCUGAUGCUUAUGAGUUUCAAGAAAAUGAGAUACUUAAUGCCAAGGACAAGCUAAGGUCUAUACGAGCAAAAUUAGCAGUGGUAGAAGGAAAGAUGGCAAUGACAAUUAUUGAUGCACAAAAGGUGAUAGAGGAGAAACAAAAGAGGAUCAAUUGUGCCCGCAGAGCUUUGCAAGUUCUUCGAACUGCUUGUGUGGUCUGGCCCAAUUCUGCAUCAGAGGUUUUCUUAGUAGGAUCAUUUGAUGGUUGGGCAACCCAGAGAAAGAUGGAAAAGUCCAGUACGGGUGUUUUCUCUUUGUUUCUAAAGCUGUAUCCCGGAAAAUACGAGUUUCUCGUGAUAUGCAGAUUAAAUUCAUUGUUGAUGGCCAAUGGAGGAUCGAUCCCUUACGCCCAAUAGUUAACAGCAGCGGUUAUGAGAAUAAUCUACUGAUUAUCACGUAGGAGUUUACACCAGGCUGUUUAAAUUCUUUCUUUCUUAGCCAGAAGAGCCCGGUGCCUCAAAGUGCUUAGUAUUUUUUCUUGUUUUGUAGCAUUUUAGAUCGUAGUUUAUGUGUAUUUCUUUCAACUUGUAGUUUAGGUUGCAGUCUCCACCCCACUUAAUCGGGCUUUCUCGCAGAUGUAAAAAUAUAGGCGAACAGACCACAAUUAUUUCCCCCAACUCAAUAGAAUAAGAAUUGUUAAAGAUUCGUUUCA